AUGAAGAAGGAAUCUGUAGCCGGUGAUCUUCUAUUUAUGCAAGUGCCGAUGUUGGAAAUUGAUGGCAUGAAAUUGGUGCAAACCAACGCUAUCAUUCGGUAUAUUGCCAGAAAAUACGACAUGUACGGUAAAACACUGGAACAGAAAACGAGGAUAGACGUGCUAUACGACGGUGCACGUGAUUUUAUAAUGAAAUUUCUGAAUAUUGGAUGGAACAAAAGUAUGGAGGAGGAUAGCAAAGAUGUAAAGGAAAAUGCCGUACCUAGAUAUCUUCCAGUACUUGAAAAGGAAUUGUGUGGCACCUCAUCUGGUUAUUUGGUUGGGGAUGAUCUUUCUAUGGCCGAUUUGGCUGUUCUGGAAUCUUUGCUGUAUUGCGAUGAUUAUUUCCCUGCCGUUCUUGAAGAUUAUCCAAAACUGAAGGAAUUCAAAGACAGACUAUCGUCCUUACCGCGAAUCAGGGCGUUUCUGAAUGGUCCACAGAGAAAACGAAAGCUAACAGAAGAGGAUAUUCUACACGGCAAAAAAGUCUUGGCCUGGCUUUACCAAUAA